UGCCAGGCCGGUGCGGGAGGGGCGGCCGGAGCUCAGUCGGAGACCGAGAGGGAGACGACGAUGGGAGCUGAGGGGACUGCCCUAACCCCGGGGCCCAGUGCGGACACCGCCGUGUGAGGCGGCUGACUCCCGCAUCCUGAGGUGUUACAAACUGAGGGGAAACAUCAUGGAGCCAGAUGUGAUUAGAAUGUAUUCUUCUUCACCUCCGCCACUAGACGAUGGAACUGAAAUUGAUGAUGAGUUUGGUGAAUUUGGUGGUUUUUCAGGAGUUGGUAGUUCAACGCUUGAUUAUUCUGACUUUGACUUAGAAGAUCACCAUGGGAAUUUUAUGCCCCCGAACCAUUUUGUGCCUGGCCAUGCAUAUUCCAGUCAUCCAGAUGGGUUUGCUGACUUUCAUUCAGCAAAUACCAGUGAAGGCAAAGUCUUUCUUUCUGAUUUCGCCAGACCUGCAGAAGAAAUGUUAAAUGACAUGACUAUAAGUACUGAUAAGGAUGUAAUUCGAUCGAAACCUACGAUAAAUGUUUUUGAUUGUACAGCAACAGAACAAACAAUGGAAUCCAUGAAACUGACAGAAGUAGCUGCUAGAUUUGAUAGUCUGGCCAAGGAUGCUCAUGCAAUAGAUUUAGAAUCGGAAGAGUUCAGCAAUGAUAAAAAGGCCAAUCCCGAAAUUCUGACAAAUGGGUACCCAACAAAUGAUAUAACACUCUCUCAGGGAAUAGAAAGUAUAGUCAAUACAAAUGAUCAAAAUGCACAAACAGCUACAAAUGCUCACAUUUCCAAUCUCUGGUCAGAGUCCAUGCCUGGAUCAAUUGAGGACUUUACAGAGUUCUCUGCAUUUUCAAAUGUUAAAGAAUCGGAUUUAACAGGAGAAACAGCAAGUAUAUCUCUAUCUACUGUCAGCAAAGUGCUGCUCAAAGGAGAACAUAAUGCUGGCAAUCAUUCUGCUUUGGAGGAACCACCAGAUGUUCAAGUCAGUUUGAACUUUACAGUGGCUGGUGAUAAGCUAAAAGUUGCUUCAAAUGGCAUGGGUGGGAAUGGGACAAAUGCAGCCAUAGAACACACCCAGUGCCACUCCUCUGACCCUAGUACUUCAGCUGACACAAGCCUUCCUAAUCAUGACUGGAAUUCAUCAGAACCAAUGGAGCAUAUUGAAAUUCAGAACCAAAAUGCUGAACAACCAGUUCAUGAAUUUUUGGGAAUAGUGAAAGAAGCCAUUAACAUAGAAAGUUCAGAGGUUCAAUUAAGGGCAGAUCAAUCAGAUAGUGAAAAGCAAGCUGGGGCAGAAAUAGAUUUGGAAAUCUGUACUCCGAAUGAGGAAGAUGUUGGUGUUUGUUCAGACAGUGUUGCACAUAGAACCUCCAUGAUUGAGCAAGACCAUGCAGUCAAUGGUGAGCCACUGGUGACUGAUGGGCAAAGGACAGAGGGAAUUGAGUCAGAUCACUUUGAAAUUUCAAGAAGCAAGUGCUUACAAAAUGUUGAUUUUGCUGCUUUUAGUCCAGUGUUGAAUUCCGCUGCUGUGGAUGAUGUUGGAACAGUUAAUAUGCAUUGUAGAAACUCUGACAACAAAACAUCCUCAAAGUUGGCAACAGAAGAGUUUGCUACAUUUCAGGAAGCUGGUGUUAAAGAUGAAUUUGGUGACUUUGGCAGUAUGGGUGCUGACUCCCUACAAACAUUUGCUAAUUUUUCUGAAUCUCCAGAAAAGGAUGUUCAAACAGAACUUGCUGUUUAUCAUGAAGGUGGCCUGGAGUUUAGUGAGCAUGAAACUACCACCACAAUUACAAAGACAGAUGAUGAGGAUUUUGGAGAAUUUGGGUCUAUUCAGGAAGGUAACAAUGAGUCUGAGUUUGCAGGAUUCAAAAGUGUUGAAGACUUUACAACUGAGCAAGACACUGAGUGGAAUGCUUUUGGGGAUUCGGUGGCUGAAAGUACAUCGUGGGCAUCCUUUGGUGAAGAACAGUCUGUUGGUGCCUUUAAAGAAGAAAUUAGCCAAUGCAGCAGGACAGAAGUUGCCCUUUCAACUGUCAAACAUUUAACUGGCUGGGUAGACUCUACUCCUGUUCAACACAUUGGAGAAGAAAUCACAAUUAAAAAUACAAGUUCAUUUGAAGAACCUCUGUCACAAGUGUCUUUGCUAAAGCGUCUGGAGCGAGUUUUCCAAACUUGUUUUUCUCCAGUGCCAGCUGUUAAAGUCACCAAAGAAGAAAUCUGCUCCCUAGGGCAACUGCUGCAGUCUGGACUGGAGAAGGGAGACCAGGUCAAGGGAAACAAUGGGGAGUUGUUAUCUUUGUGGACCGAGCUACAAGAUAUGGAAGAUGCUCACGGCCUGAGAUACCAGUGGGGUGGUUCUCACAGCAACAAAAAGCUUCUAAUUUCUCUGGGAAUUGAUACCAGAAACAUCUUGUUUACAGGGCAGAGGAAGCAGCCUGUCAUUGUUCCUGCAUACGCAUCUGGUCUGGGCAUGUUAGAACCCACUAAAGAACCAGUAAAACCAAUAUCGGCUGCAGAGAAGAUAGCGUCAAUAGGUCAAAUUUCAACUGCCAGUGUAAUACCCUCAGAAAUGUGUGGCUCUGCAUCUGAUGAAAUCCAAGAGCACGUCCCACCUGUUCAGUUUGACUGGAGUAGCAGUGGCCUUACUAAUCCUCUUGAUGGUGUUGACCCAGAACUGUAUGAGCUGACUACAUGUAAACUGGAAGACUCUGGGACAGUAAACCGAAUGACUGAUGCAUUUGCUCGGCUCAUGUUGACAGCAGAGAAGACUAGCACAUCCACCAGGAAACAGAGAAAGGAGGAAGUUCUCAGUACAGAAGCAGCCAAAGUGAUAGCCAGCCUUCCUGACCUGUCAUUCAUGCAGGCCAAAGUGCUGAUGUUCCCAACCACAUUAACACCUUUGGUAAGCUCCCACACAGACUGAGCCAAGGAUCCCACUUUUAUUUUUCUGAACAUUUUAAAAUCAGUCUAAUUUUGGCUUUCUCAAAAUAAAAUGAAACUAAUCAGUCAUUCAGAUGAUUUGUUGCUCACCAGAUUCUGGAGAGUUCCACAGAGAAUACAUUGAUGUUUAUUUAUUUAUACCGAGGUGAUUUAAGUGUUUAUAUUAGAGAAGAAUCUGUAAAUAUCAAGUUUUUCUUUGCAGGUUAAUUAUCUUUUGCUGUGCUGGGUUUAUAAAUUUCUCUCAUGUCAGCUAAUCUGUCAGGGACUCGCAGAAAACAGUUGCAAACUGAUGUAACUAUUCCGAUUCUGACCAGUGGUGGAAUCCUGGUGAAUGUUGGGUUUUGUUUCCUGUUUAGUUUGUUUUUGUGGAGGUUUGGAUGGUUUCCAAGCCCGUUCAGUAAAGCAUCAUUGGUUCUCGGCAUUUCGGGCACUGCCAUUUUCCACAUCCCAUCCAGCCAGCGGCCUGCCUCAUCCAGAGCCAAAUAGCAGGGAUCCAACCAUCUUUUGGGACACGAUGGAGCUGAAAUGGCCUUGGUCAUUUAGGAAACCACUAUCUCCGAACAAUACAAGCACCAGUUCAGCUGGUCCCCAAAGUGAUGCUGUCUCCCACAAACCUGAGCUAAUUUGGGGGGUGAGGGACCAAUAUCUCAAUGUCUUACUCAGAUUCUCGAGGUGAAACCUGAUCUUUAUUAUUAUUUCUGCUUUAUUUUGCCAAUGCAUCUAUUGAGGAUUUUGCACAGUGUAAAGACAAGGUGGACAUAAUAGUUUGCAAUGAUUUGAGCUGUAUGUACAGUAAUAACUAUGAAUUGUAAAUGUUGGUGAAAUUCCUAUGGAAAAAUUCUGGUACCGAGAGGAAGCUGUAUAGGUUGAUGUGCAUGCCCAGGUUCUUUUAUAACUGUAGAAUGUACAUUUCCUUUUAGAAUAUACAGAAAUAAAGAGAGAGGAUUUGAAAA